GCUAUUUCAUCUUCUAGAGUUUGCGGCGUGUGAUGCAGACGAACCCUGAUCAUCGUGUAGAAAAUCAAAGCGAGAUGGCGGAAGAAGCAGCUAACGUCGACGCCAAGCCAUCGAAACCCAAGGACAUACGUCACUACCUCUGCCAGUAUUGCGGAAUCAGCAGAUCGAAAAAGUAUCUCAUCACUUCACACAUCAAUUCUCAUCAUAAGAUGGAAGUUGAAAUGGAAAGAGAUGAAGAAGCUUGCGAGGUUGAUGAAGAAGAGGUCUCUGGUAAACACACUUGCCAGGAGUGUGGUGCUGAGUUCAAGAAACCUGCUCACUUGAAGCAGCAUAUGCAGAGCCACUCGCUCGAGAGACCUUUUGAGUGCUAUGUGGAUGAUUGCACUUCUAGUUAUAGGAGGAAGGAUCAUCUCAAUAGGCAUCUUCUUACCCAUAAAGGCAAGCUAUUUAAGUGCCCAGUGGAGAAUUGCAAGAGUGAGUUCUCAGUACAUGGCAACAUCAGUAGGCAUGUUAAGAAGUUUCAUAGUAAGGACGAUGGUAACAAGGACGAUACUGGUAAUAGUAAAAAGGAAGAUACUGGUAAUGGAGAUUCUCAUCACUCGGAAUCUUCAACUGGCCAAAAGAAGCUUGUCUGCAAAGAAAAAGGGUGUGGAAAGGCCUUUAAGUAUCCGUCACAGUUACAGAAGCAUCAGGAUUCUCAUGUGAAAUUGGACUCUAUUGAGGCUUUUUGUUCGGAGCCUGGAUGUAUGAAGUACUUCACAAACGAGGAAUGUCUCAAGGCACACAUACGAUCCUACCAUCAGCACAUCAACUGCGAGAUAUGCGGCUCUAAGCAUUUGAAAAAGAACAUCAAGAGACAUCUACGGACUCAUGAAGAAGACUCAUCAUCACCGGGAGAGUUCAAGUGUGAAGUUGAGGGGUGCUCUUCAACAUUCUCAAAGGCUUCUAAUCUUCGGAAGCACUUGAAAGCAGUGCACGAGGAUAUCAGACCCUUUGUAUGUGGCUUUUCAGGCUGUGCCAAGAGAUUUGCUUACAAACAUGUCAGAAACAACCACGAGAAAUCCGGGAGCCACAUAUACACCUGCGGUGAUUUUGUUGAAGCUGAUGAAGAUUUCACAUCAAGACCAAGAGGUGGAGUCAAGAGAAAGCAUGUUACAGCUGAAAUGCUGAUAAGGAAGAGGGUCAUGCCUCCUCAGUUUGAUUCACAAGAACACGAGACUUGCUAGUUUACACGGUUUAGGCAGAUAUGGUUUUAACUCUGUGUAAAGUUUGUGUUUUAUUUGUCUGUAGGAGAACAUAUAGAUCAAUAGUAGUAAUAGUAAGUGUAAAAGAUAAGGUUAUAGGAUAAAGAUCGACACUUUAAGUCAAAUCUCUCAACUCUUUUUCGUCCUCA